CCUUUCACGUUGACCCUUCCACCUGUGGUGCAGGCCUCAGACUGUAAUUUCUGCCUUCCACAAUUUUCCUGAUUAAAAAGAACAAAUUUCAAUGAAUACUAUAAUAUAUUUGCAGCUAAAUCGAGAAUCGGAGGCACUUGAUCUGUAUCUGGACUCUGGAUUAAGGGGAAAAAAUGCACAGGGCGAGAAAAUUCGAGGCAAAUGGGAUUUGUGAAGUCCUGUUCCCGUGAAAAGCACAAAGGAAUCUUGGAAUAGGAUAAUUACCACAUACCAAAUACGACCUUCCCGGUAAGGAGAAGGGGAUAGCAACUGUGGCAUUGGCGUGUGUCCGAGAAAAAGAUAGCAUUUGAAUGGAGGGUGCAAACGAAGCAGGCGUGCAAUGCGAGAAUUAUCUUGGCAGCGACAGCGAGUGAAGCGGGUGGACGAGUGGGAGGAGAUGGGGAUGGGGAUGGCGAGUGACGAAGAUGAGGAGCGGAUGGGAAUGGGGAUGGCUUCGCGGUGCGAGUGGCACCCUGGCACGGUGGAGUGUCUGUUGGAGAGCUAUGGCGACAAGUGCUGCAACAUAAAGGGCUACCUCAAGAUCAAAGACUGGGAGGACAUUGUGCGCUGCGUCAACGCCCACUGCGACGCCUCCAAGACGCCCAAGACUGUUAAGCAGUGCCGUGACAAGGUGGAGAACCUGAAGCGAAGGUACAAGCUCGAGAAGCGCCGUGCUGAUACCCGGGGCCCUGGCACCGUUACCUGGUCAUUCUUCCAUCAGCUUGAUCACAUCAUGGCCAACCUCAACAAGAGUGCCAACCUUGUCGACGCUUCCGCCUCUGCCGAGGACCUCCGCUCGCCUUCGCCCUCGCACUCGCAAUCCUUCGAGCUCAAUGAUUGCGAUCUCCCUGAGGGUUUUGCCGGCGAGAGUAUGAGUGUGCCUCUGCCUGCCAUGUCGAUGUCUGACAUGGUGCUCUCCGUCUUCGGCGCCGGUGCCGCUGACAAAGGGAAGCUUGACGCCGACUGCUCUCUUGACGAUAUUUUGAACUCCGUUGGCUACAGCUGUAAGAACAAGGCCAGGCUUGACUUCCAGGACUCCUCCUCGCCGGAGAAGAAGCCUCCUAAGCGGAAAAAGCCCUCACCCUUCGCCGGAGCGUCCAAGAAGCGCAAGUCCUCUGCUAAAUCCUCGUCUUCGUCUUCAAGUAAUCCCGUGCAGUCGCUGGCCGAUGCUUUGGUGGGAUUUUCUGAAGUGUACGCCAGAAUCGAGAUCGCCAAAAUGGAGAUGUUUACCAAGCUUAUUUUAGAGGUCGCCAAACUCCACUCCAAGAAAAGGAAGAAGUCCGAUUCGACAUCUACUGCUUCCGAUCCAAAUUGAUAUUCUCUACUUCUUCUGCAACACGAUUAUAAACUUAUCUUAAGAGGGUUCGUUAAGAUUUCAAGCCUCUGCACUUCUUAAACUGGUGGAAGAUGCUAUCUGAAUAAUCUAAGCUUCUGCAGUCCAUAAGCUGUUGCUGAGGAUUUCUUUAGAUUUUAUACUUCCGCAGUUCAAAGGCUGACAGUACGUGGGAUUUUAAAGAUUAUAAUCUUCUUAAGCCAAUAAAUUGGCGCAACAGGAUUGCUGUAGUUUUUUAAAUUCCAGAGUCCUUGCUUCUAUGCAAGGGAGGUCUCUAAAAUAUUUCUAGCUUCUACCGUCCAAAAAUUCUUACUGGAGGGUUUUCGGGAUACAAAACCGCAUAAAACUUUUUAAGAAGCUUAGUUGCCAUAACAGUCAUAUUGUAAUUUUUUAGACUUGUUAUUGCUAUCUUAGUGGGAUGACGACGAAAUGAGGUAGCCAUCAUCUUUUUUUGGGGGGAGGCGGGGGGACCUUGAUGUAUCAUUAAUAGUUGAAGGUGCUCUUUAAACUUCCAUCUUUGUUUGGAUGCCAAUUUCCUAGUGGCGUUGAUGUAUUGUUAUAAUGACAUGUUUCUGGUACUGCCAUAAGUGCCCCGUCACUUACAGUUGGCAGUAAAUAGCAGCACUCUAGCCCUGAAUUUUUAUCCUGUUUCAAUUUGUGCUUCUAUUGGCGAUAAAACUGGAAACGUGUUGAUUUACCUGCUUCACUGAGAAUUCUAGUGAUGCCGGUAAUGUCUUGCUUUAGUCCAAUUAUUGAUUCUGCAAAACAGCAUGUGUCUUAAUGGCUAUUUUUCUGUUCCCAAAUGGCUAACAUUUAAGAAAAGAUCUUAGAUUUUGACA